AGUUUAGUGAUUCUGUGCAUCUGGCAGCACUUUACGUCACGAGCUUUAUUUGGAGCGAGCCCUUGCAUUUUACUCAAACAGCAUACUUGAGCGCAAAAUCGCUAUUGGCAGCAGCCAUUGUUUCAUUUUCAGCCGUUUUGUAAAAAAACAAAAAACAAAACAGACGUCGGUCAUUCAGAAACAUAGCGGAUUAAGUUUAAUUUAUAUAACGACGUAGUUAAAGGACUGUUCUUUAUCGCCUUCGGGUCAUGGAACAAAGAGGACGCAAAGCAUGGAGGGAGCUACAGUUUUGGUUUGCCUUCAUGCUUAUUCUGGAUAUUAUAUGGAGCGGAGCUUCUGCACAGAUCAGAUAUUCAGUAUCGGAGGAGGUUCAAGAUGAAACCGUCGUAGGGAAUAUAGCUAAGGAUUUGGGGCUAGAUAAGAGUACACUAAAGGACAGAGGAUAUCGCAUUGUAGCAGGCUCAACUGAACCCCUGUUUCAAGUGAAUCAAGAUAACGGUAUAUUGUAUGUGAAAAGAAGAAUAGACAGAGAGGAGGUGUGCGAACGGACAAGCCCAUGUUUGAUCAAUCUGAAAACCGUGCUAGAAAACCCGCUGGAAAUCCAUUACGUGGCAGUGGAAAUACUGGAUAUAAAUGAUCACUCGCCUGUUUUUCCAGAGAAAGAGAAGAGGCUUGAGAUCUCUGAGUCGGCCUUACCAGGAGCGAGAUUUCAACUACAAGCUGCGCGCGACCCCGACGUAAGCCAGUUCUCCAUUCAGCAAUAUAGGCUCAGCCAUAACGAAUAUUUUAGAUUAGAAGUGAAGGAUAGAGGCGAGGACCGUAAAGUACCAUUUUUAGUUCUGCAGAAGCAGUUAGAUAGAGAAACAGUGGGAAGACUUAAGCUACAUCUAACAGCCGUUGAUGGAGGAAAACCAGUGAAGUCUGGCGCUAUAGAAAUUAUUGUGGAUGUACUUGAUGUUAAUGACAACUCCCCGGUGUUUACCAAAGAGUUUUAUUCUGCCACACUCAAAGAAAACGUUCCCGUUGGCACUGUGGUGAUACAGGUAAAUGCAACCGAUUUGGACGAGGGUGCAAAUAGUGAAAUUAUAUAUUCAUUUGGUAACGAAGUUGAUACAAAAUUAAUGGAUGUCUUUAGUAUAGACGAAAACACUGGUGAAAUUAAAGUAACCGGUAAGAUAGACUUCGAGGAAAGUAAAAGUUAUGAAAUUGACAUUCAGGCGUCCGAUAAGGGACCAGUUCCUCUAACAACAGACAAAAGCGUUAUGAUAAAUAUUAUUGAUGUUAAUGAUAAUGCACCUGAGAUAGAAGUGACAUCAUUUUCUAGCUCUAUCAAGGAGGAUUCAAAGAUAGGAACUACAGUGGCUCUGAUUAGUGUCAGUGAUUUAGACUCUGGAAUCAAUGGUAAAGUCAUUUGCACAAUCAGAGAAGAAGUGCCUUUUACUUUAUCUCCAUCAUUACAAGAAAACAUGUACGCUGUUGUAACCAGGUCACAGUUGGACAGGGAAAAUGUUUCCCAAUUUGAUGUCACAAUUAUUGCGAAAGACACAGGUGAUCCGUUAUUUUCAACUGAAAAGACCAUAAGCGUCGUAGUAUCAGAUGUAAAUGACAACAGUCCAGAGUUUUCAUCAAGACCCUAUGUAUUUUAUAUUACCGAGAACAACAGCCCCGGAGCAACAGUAUUUUCAGUAAAAGCUUCUGAUCGUGAUGAAAGUGAUAACGCUCUCAUUUCAUAUCAUAUUUUCAGAGAAACAAGUGGGGAUAAUACAUUGAUCUCAUUGUUAAAUAUCAACUCUGAAACUGGAGAUAUUUUGGCGCUAAAAAGUUUUGACUUUGAAACACUGAAGACAUUCCAGUUCCAAGUUGUUGCCUCAGAUUCUGGAACUCCGUCACUAAGCAGCAACGUCACAGUGAACGUGUUCAUUCUGGAUCAGAACGACAACGCUCCAGUCAUCCUGUAUCCAGUCAGCUCUAACGGUUCUGCUGAAGGUGUGGAGGAGAUUCCCCGCAAUGUGAACGCAGGACACUUGGUGACUAAAGUCAGAGCCUAUGACGCUGAUAUAGGAUAUAACGGCUGGUUACUGUUUUCACUGCAGGACGUUACUGACCACAGUCUCUUUGGUUUGGACCGCUAUACAGGACAGAUCAGAACACUUCGCUCAUUCACAGAGACAGACGAGGCUGAGCAUAAACUGGUCAUACUGGUGAAAGACAAUGGGAACGUUUCACUCUCAGCAACAGCUACUGUGCUUGUCAAAGUUGUGGAGCCCAAAGAGGCUUUUGCUGCUUCUGAUGUUAAAAGUGCAACAAAGGAUGAGGAGGAGAAUAAUGUGACUUUUUACCUGAUGAUAACUUUGGGCUCAGUUUCAACACUUUUUCUCAUCAGUAUCAUCGUGCUGAUUGCAAUGCAGUGCUCCAAAACCACAGACUAUACUUCUAAAUAUCUACAAGAGACUAAUUAUGAUGGGACACUGUGUCACAGCAUCCAGUACAGAUCUGGAGACAAACGGUACAUGCUAGUAGGACCCAGAAUGAGUAUAGGAUCUACUAUAGUCCCGGGCAGCCAUGCGAAUACACUAGUGCUCCCUGACAGGAGAGGGGCAUCUGGAGAGAGGUCAGAACAGAUGUAGGUCUGCACUGCACUUGGCAUCUGUAUGAGCUACAGCCACAACAUCUGCUGCUGUGCUUAGGUCAUCACUGCAUGCCUGGAGGAUUGAACUGACUGAGCGGGCAGCGCAAGGCUACAUGCAAGACAGACAGCUAUUAAGUGGAAAACAAGUGAAGACACAGUUGGUUGAAAAUCCCCUUUAAGGUCACCCUGUUGCCUAAAAGCGCCCAGUGAUCUAGAUUUAAUGGGAUGGGGUUGUGAUCUCUGAUUGAUAGAAUGUGUGGGUGAGGAAAAUCCAGAGUCAGCUGUUUAGACAUUGGAUGCAGUCAUAGUAAGAGGAUUGCCUUCUUACAGCAAUACAUCUGCACUGCUCACUGUGGAGUAGACGGGGUAUAAGGCCACAGUUGCCAUACACUUGUCUGAUUAAAUACCGUAUGUUGUAUUAAUUUCUGGCCAUGCAUGGAUGGGAUCAGAUGUUGGCUGUUAGAUGGAUCCAGUCUCUAGCUGAAGGGUUCCUCUCCCCCCUGUGGUUAUUUGCCACUGUCAUAUCCCCACUAAGCAUCUUGGGUAAUUACUAUGCCUUUAUUUAGCAAUUGCAUUCUUAUUUCUCUGGAUGUUCCCUGUGUGGGUAUUCACAACAAGAACGUUCUAUAGUCAAGCUUAUGUGUGUUUAUGACUUCUUUAAUGUUGCUACACCACAGUAUUGAUAACUUGUCAUUUUCUUUUAAUGCUUUUUUACAUGGUUAGCAGGAGUGCAAGUAGAAUUCCACUAGAAUGUGUGCGUCUGUUCAGUUACAAGGCUGUAACUAAAACAACAUUGUCUGAAAAAUAAUACAGAAAAAACUUUGUAUAUAUGUGUGAGUAUGUUUCAUUAAUUGUAUAUUGAGUUCAUUGAGUGGUCUGGUCAAACUGGACAUAACCUUCCUUUGUGAUCUAAUCGUGAUAUUUGUGUCAUGCAAAAAGCAUAUUGUCACUGUGUUUAUUUCAUAAUUUAACUUUAGUAGUAUUGCAUGGCCCUCUAGGAAGAUUUUGCAUCUCUUGAACUGUAAGGCAUUUUCAAAAAAGCAAUUAGGUCAGCUCAGACAAACAAACAGUAAAUUAUUUUUUCUUUUUUCUUAAAAGUUCAAAUGUUGAAGGUGCGAGUUUUCACCAGACGUCAGUGAUAGAUUAAACAGCCUUUUUCUAAAAGCAUGAAAAUGUGGUCAGAAUUGUAUCAUAAAGACAUAUAAAUCAUUCACUGUCCUGAUAUCAAGCGUGUGUGAUGCCACUGACUGUAGAUAGAGAAAACGCCUGUUUUAACACUUAUUAAAGCUACAUGUACAGGCUGAAACGUCUUAUCCACUUUCUUCUUAUUUUUAAAAUGGCCCGACCGUCAUUUGGCUCCUUCUGGUCAUCCCUGAGAGUGUGAACCAGUGAGCUGUUCUGUACAGUGGGUGAGUCAUCUCAUCCCACAUGUAGAUUUUCAUUUUGUGAAGUUGGUCUGCUGUGUUUUAUUUUUAGGUGAACCAUCUGUAAUGGAAACAUGAAAUCAGGAUUCAUGGUCUUUGGCAUUCAUGGUUAUUGCUAUUAUUCCAUCAUGAUAUUAGGGAGAUUUGGUUAUGUGAUGCCCUGUAGCAAAACAGACUUGAGUUGUGUGCAUGCUUGUUUAGAUGUGUACUGAUCGCUAAAUGUUCUUCCAUGUUUCCCGCCAUCUUAGUGGGUGCAGUCUAUGAAUAAAACAAUGAAACAUG